AUUAAGGUGGGCGUUAUUUGAAAUCGCCAAACGAGCUUCAUAACAAGUGCAAGAUGGGUCUUCUAUCGAUCCUAAAGAAGAUGAAACAGAAGGAGAAGGAUUGCAGAAUCCUAAUGCUUGGUCUGGAUAAUGCCGGGAAAACAACGAUAGUGAAGAAGUUCCUGGGAGAAGACAUUACUACCAUCUCUCCAACUUUCGGCUUCAACAUCAAGACUGUGGAACACAAGGGGCUCAAUCUAAACAUAUGGGACGUGGGAGGUCAGAGGUCACUCCGUUCCUAUUGGAGGAACUAUUUUGAGGAGACAGACGGAGUGGUGUGGGUGGUGGACAGUGCCGACAGGAGAAGACUCGAGGACUGCCGAGUUGAGCUACACACCCUCCUGGUUCAGGAGAGAUUGGCUGGAGCUAGUCUCCUGGUGUUUGCCAACAAGCAAGACUUGCCAGGAGCCAUGACUGCCGAGGAGAUCAGAAAGGUCCUUCAACUGGACUCCAUAGAGACACAUCACUGGAUGAUAGUUCCCUGCUCUGCCGUCACCGGAGACCAGCUCUUGGAGGGCGUUAAUUGGCUAACAUCUGACAUUUCGUCCAGAAUAUUCACCAUGGACUGACACCUCUUACUAACACAUUUUUGUUCAUUUCUUAUUCGCCUUUGUAUCUAUCUUUGUGUGUGUGUGGAAGGGAAGACAUUUCUUCUUCCAGCUUCCAACCAAACCGUUCUGUUUUAUUAUGUUGAAGUGGACGUUAAAAAGAAAUUACAGAGAAA